UGCCUGCCCUGCGAAACCAUUGCCCUCUCUUUCUCACUCCUCUCUCUUAGUUGAGUCUCAACUAUUGGCCUUCUUUCUCUCUCCUCAUCUCUCUCUCAAUCAGAACCUCUCAUCUCUCUCUCUCAUGCAUAGGGAAAAUGGAGAGCAGCGAUGGCAAAUGGAGGAGAGAUGUCGACGAAAAUCUCCAAAGGCUUCACUCUCUGCUAUUUGGUACUGACAUAACCAUAGAAAGAGGCAAUCCCUCAACCUCCCUUCUCCUAGGCCUUCAACUUCUCGGUUUUCUCGACUCUCGGUCCCAAAACCCCAUCGAUGAAGCCUUGGUCUAUCCCAUUCGUCGCCAAGUCUUAUCAAAGAUCACCUAUGCUCGCCGAUCCCUUGCACCAGACUCUGAUCGCCAGGCAUUUGAGCAAGCAAGAAGGAAAGAAGGCUGCAUAUUUGUCAAGAGGGGGGAUGUGGAUAUGGAUAAGAUCAAGGAGUCCAAGUAUUUUCAACCUCUACUUUGUGAAUCCAGAACUGCUACUAGUGAUUCUUCGAUUUCCAAGCCCUCCAUGUUAAAGGGAGACACAUUAACUCAAACAGAGCCAAGGGAUAAACAAGAUAAUGAUGUAAGUGUGAAGAGUUCAAAAGUUUUGACUCAAGCCAAAUUGACAUCAUUAUACACCAAUAGGAGUCUGAAGCCAACCGGCACUUCUUUCAAGGCACUUAUGAACUCUGAAAGCAACAACUCAGAUGAAUCUAGUGCUGAAAAACUGAACUCAAAUCGACUGAACCAUAUGAAAGGUCAUGCCUCCCCUUCCUUUGUGCAAGCUGAAGAAGAUAAAUCUCAUGAGAAUGUUCUAAGGACAAAACGUCGUCAUGUGUAUGACACCACAGGGUCUCCGUCAAGCAAUGACAACGCCAAUGAUGAUAAUAUUUCCAAUGGAUUCGUGACUGCUAGAGUGAAAUUGGAGAUGGAUGCGAGGCAGAAACAAGGCCUGACAUGUUCACCAAGUGCUUCCCUCUCCCCAUCCUCCGGGUUUGGUCAGCAAAGUGACAAUAAUUCAACAGGGAAUAUCAGGAAUCCAGGUUUAAGAUCUGUUGGAAUUCCUCGCCGUGGCAUACGCAGCAACUUUGUUCCUCCUGUGAGAUCCAAUGGGGCAAACACUGGAGGUACGACAGGUUCACGAGUUACAGGGAAAACAGAUGAUGCACUUGAAGAGUCCACAAGGAGAUGUUUGGAAAUGCUAUGUGGUCCUGAUGGCGAGCUUCCAGAAAAGUUGAGAAACUUGGAACCUCGAUUAAUUGAACAUGUUAGUAAUGAGAUAAUGGAUCGAGACCCCAAUGUUCGAUGGGGUGAUAUUGCUGGCCUAGAGCAUGCAAAAAAAUGUGUGACUGAAAUGGUUAUCUGGCCUUUGUUACGUCCUGAUAUAUUUAAAGGCUGUCGCUCACCGGGAAGAGGCCUGCUUCUCUUUGGCCCUCCUGGAACAGGUAAAACUAUGAUUGGAAAGGCUAUUGCUGGAGAGGCUAAAGCAACCUUUUUCUACAUAUCUGCCAGUUCAUUAACGAGCAAGUGGAUUGGGGAGGGUGAAAAGCUUGUGAGAGCUCUAUUUGGUGUUGCUUGUUGUCGUCAGCCUGCUGUCAUCUUUGUGGACGAAAUUGAUUCACUACUUUCCCAGCGUAAGUCUGAAGGGGAGCAUGAAUCAAGUAGAAGACUUAAGACUCAGUUUUUAAUUGAGAUGGAAGGCUUUGACAGCGGAAAUGAACAAAUUUUACUUUUAGGAGCAACAAACAGGCCACAGGAGCUUGAUGAGGCAGCCCGAAGGAGACUCUCAAAGCGUCUGUACAUACCUCUACCACCUUCAGAAGCUAGAGCCUGGAUCGUGCGAAAUCUGUUGGAGAAGGAUGGCCUGUUUAAGCUUUCGGAAGAAGACACAAAUGCCAUUUGCAGGUUAACUGAAGGCUAUUCGGGAUCGGAUAUGAAGAAUUUGGUUAAGGAUGCAUCUAUGGGUCCACUUAGAGAGGCUCUAUGUCAAGGCAUUGAGAUUACCAAUUUGAGGAAGGAGGAUAUGAGGCCAGUCCUGCUUCAGGAUUUUGAGAGGGCAUUACAAGAAGUCAGACCCUCUGUUUCUCAACAUGAGUUAGGAGGCUAUGAGGACUGGAAUAAGCAGUUUGGCAGCCUUUCUAUUUAGGAUUUAUUUGUGACCAUGUCGUGCCUAUGCUGCUUCUAGAUCUGCCAGUGUUCCAGAAAUGUGCUCAUUGGACACCGUAAGUCACUUGAAGAAGUGGGUGAGCGAAUUGAUGUUUGUUGUACAUUUCAGUUUUAAAAUGUUCAGGGACACUGGUUGGUUGAUGAAUCAUUUCUCCUGUUUUUUUUU